AGAGAGUAUUGAAUAGUUUUCCCUUGUUUUGGGAUUUUUAUUUUAUUUCAUUUUUGGGAUUGAACACAUUUAUUGUGUAGGAUGAUUCUUGACACACCAUAUGAUGUGGUUGAUUUAGGUGGGACUCAUUCUAAAAUUGGGUGAGACCCAGCAAGUAGGAGAUAAGAUAAAAUAGGAUAGAAUUGACCCUAGAGGCAUCGAUGUUUAAGAAUGGCCUUUGUUUAGAAUGUAUGUAUGGAUCCAUGUGUCUGCAAUGCCAAUGCAAUCAAAUAUUCCAGACAUUCAUCAUAUGGGAGUAAGUUAACUGGCCUCCUUCAGGCAUGAUAGUGUUUGAAGUAUGUUGAGCUAAAUGUGGUGAGACUUUGGAAUCGUUCUUGCUUUUUUGGCGUGAUAAUUGGAUGUGAUUGCGGGUAAAAGCCUAAAAGGGUGAAACUUUAGGGUCAGACCCUGUAAAAAGGUUCUUUUUUGUUUGAUUAUUUAUUGGCUCAGGUACAAAGAAUUCAUUCACAACUAUAUAGGUUGCCAAUUGAUAAGAGGAAAGGGAAAGAUGCUAUUGCACUCUUUGCUAUUUGAGUCAUGACCAUUGCCACACCUUGUCUCCAGGGAUUAGUUGUGGUCCUGGGGUACCCUUUGUUAAAAGCAUUAGUAGACCAAUUAAACUGUGCCAUGUUUUAGGGUCUAGAAGGCAUGGUCACUAUUAUGGUAAUCAUGCAUGUGCGUUUUAGAUAUACGUUUAUGGAUGAGUUGACAAACAUACCCCUUCAUACAAUGAUUAAACCACCAAAUGGUUUGAUAAUGGGGCCAUGGAUCCUAAUGGAGAAUGAAAAUGGACUGGCCAAACCCCACUCCAUGCAUUGAUCAUUCAAAACUUUAUAAAGUAUACCCCAACACGGCUUUUCAGUUUCCACUUUCCUUUCACUGGAAACCAAAAGAGACAUCUCAUCUUCCUACUCUCUUCUAAUCUCCUCACUAGUCAUUCUCUUACCUCAAAACUUGCCCUUACCUUUCUUCAAACUGGGAACCAUCACAGGCAUUGUACUCUGGGAACUAUAGAUUAGAAUAUUAGGCAUGAAAGGAAUGAGAGGAAAACUCUUUAGGAAAUUGAAAUCCAUCCCAACAUUUAGUACCUUGAAACAAGGUCUAGUUCAUCAGUUAAGCCCCUCGGAAAAGUUUUCCAAUCAACACUGCCAAACUCCACUUCCACUUGUUUACAAAGAGCAAGAUCAAAAAAGCAACAACCUCUCAGAGCUAUUGUUUGGCAGUACUGGCGUAUGUGAAGGUGACAAACAUCCUAAAGAUGAAGAAAUGGAAUAUGACUUCAGUGUUGGCAACAAUGAUACUAUUACAUCCCCCAUAAAGUCCAAAGAUACAGUUCCUGCAAUGGAAAAUCCAGAGGUUCCAAUCUUGUCAGACAUCAUCAUGGAACAUGAAGCAACAGAGGACAAUGAAGAGUACCCAUCUCUGUCAGAUUUUGAAGAGAAUUGUCCACCAGGAGGAAGCGAGUUGGUCAUUUUCUACACAACAAGCAUGAGAGGUAUCAGAAAAACAUUUGAAGACUGCAACAGCAUACGAUUCUUGUUGGAAAGUUUUAAAGUAACGUUCUAUGAGAGGGAUGUUUCAAUGCACUUGGAAUAUAGAGAAGAAUUGUGGAACAUCUUGGGUGGAAGAGUGAUCCCUCCAAGGCUUUUCAUAAAGGGAAGGUACAUUGGAGGAGCUGAUAAAGUGGUUGGGUUGCAUGAGCAAGGCAAGCUUAGGAGGCUUUUGAAAGGUAUACCACUAGAACUGGCCAAUUCCUCAUGCAGCGGGUGCGCCAAUGUGAGAUUCGUGGUGUGCCUCAAUUGCAAUGGCAGCAGGAAGAUUGUUGCAGAUGGGGAGAACGAUGAAUUGUACAUUAGGUGCCCUGAAUGUAAUGAAAAUGGCUUGGUUAAGUGCCCCAUUUGCUGCUGAGAAUCUAACUAUUGUUGAUAUAUUACUACCUUUCUAGCUCUUUGUGAUCUGGUAAAUAUGAUAUUUAUGUUUUUAUGCUAGAGAAUUCUUAUGUUGUACAAUUGUUAAAUCUGAUUGUUGUUGCACUAGAUUGUCUAGGUGGAAAAGGGUGCACCGUGAUGUUAAUUUGAACACUGUAAAAGCAAUUUUUUCUUCCUGGAAUUAAAUUUUACAUGAAUGUUAUUGCUGGCUGAGAGUAGAAAGUUCAACAAUGGCAUGUUA